UUGUAUAUUCUUUGUUUUCUUUGGAAUUUCCGGAGUCUUGAUAAAAAUCGAACUUAAUCAAGUGAAAUUUUCGAAAUAAUUGUAACGUAAAUAAAAAAAAUGCCUAAACUAAAAAAAUUUCUGCCAGGCAUUUUCAGUAAUGGCAAAGAUUCUCAAAAAAUUACCAAUAAAAGUGAGACUGAAGACGUUAACCUUGGAAGUAAAAGUGUUCCAGGAAGGCUAGAAACCGAUGCUCUGCCUGUUGAUGAACCUGAAGAAUUACCAAUUAGCAAUAACAACACACCCACACCUUCAACAGAACUAACAGAAUCAGUGGUUCGGGAACUCUCCGCACCAAACUACAAUUCGGUUGAAGCAGCUAAUAAUACAAGUGCAUUCGAAAGUGAAACUGGAUUGAACUCCCAGACGGGAGCAGUUGCCUUGCAGUCAAACAGCAAUGCUUUGACGCCAACAUCACCCGGUGCACUGGCUCCAGCUACUAUGAACACAAUGAAUGUACAUAAUGCUCAACAACAAAUGGUAAUGCAAUUCUCCAACAUAAAACAGCUGCAUUUUGGUUCAGUCUAUAAUUUUAAUAGUAACAUAAGUGGUAUAGCUACCAACAACACACGUAAAAGUGGUAAAACUGACGAACCCAAUUCGCCUAGUGGUUCUAGUGGUGUAGACAACACAAAAAGACAACUACCACGUAAAACUACUUCAAUUGUGGCUAUGAUGCAGUCACGUGAGGAGCCAAAUCACCGUAUAUUGGAAACUAUAUCUACACACCUGGGCGAAGGUUGGAAACAUGUGAUGCGAGAGCUGGGCCUCUCGGAAGGGCAAAUCGAGCAAGCUGUAAUCGAUCAUCAAAUGCAUGGUGGAAUCAAAGAGGUUAUUUAUCAGCUGUUGCGGCAAUGGAUCCAAGAUGCUGAUGAUAAUAUAGCAACGCUUGGGCAUAUUACUUCGUUGCUGUGGGAGUUAAACCAUCGCGAUUGUGUGCAGCGCAUGAAAUUGGUUUAUAAAUCCGAAGUGGACAGAAGAAAAACUUCUUCAUAAUGUUGAACAUUUCUACGUUGUUAAGGUUAUAUGUACAAUGUGCCUUAUAGGAUUGACGGGCGAAGCCCAGGUUCUCAUUGAGUAGUGUAUAUAUCUAUAUAUACAUUAUUAUUUUCAAGAUUUUUAUUUGACUCUUUCAGUGUGAGGAGUAAAAAACUUUGUACUGUGCAAUACUGUAUUCUUGGUACAACCUUUGAAUACUUAAGAUUUGUAUAAAGUAAAACUGUUUAUAUUAAUAUUUUUUAAUAAUAAUUGUAUUUUAUAUGGUUCUCCAAUAUUCUGAAAAUAGUGCACAAAAGUUUGAAGUUUAAAAAAAGAGUUCUGUGACCAUGAGCAUGCCUAAAAAAUCAAUUGCCAUGGCUGCAUGUACACAAAUAUGUUACAUGCAAAUGUGUGUACUGUAAUUCUUCAAAUCCUACUGUGUGUUUGCUGUUGAAAUAGCAUAUGUUCAUACACUUGUGUACAUAUAUAAGCAGAUGUUUGGCGAAUUCAAAUUAAAGUGGAGAUGUUCCAAUAUUGAUAAGUUAAAACGCAUAAUUUGGUUUUAGAUUUUAAUAUGUGUCUAAGCACAAUUGUAAUGCAUGUAUGUAUAAAAAAUUUUAUAAAUGUUUAAAUUUAUAAAAUUUAGAGAUUUUAUAAAAAAAAUUGAAGUAUGUUAAAUGCAUACACUAGAAAAUCCUAUGAAAAAAAUGAUAUCGAAUAUACAAGA